UUGUCAACAAGCGAGCAACAAUUCAGAGGCGGCCGACUCAUGUGGCAGGAGGCCCUGUGGACCCGCGGACGCUACCUGCUGGAGAAGAGCGAUGGCGGCGAGGGCGCCGAGGGGCCCGAGAGCCUGGGGGACGUGUGCCCGGGGUUCCAGGGCGAAGUGUGCGUGGAGGCGGAGAAGCCCCAGGACUGGCUGUACGAGUCCUACUACAGGAUGAGCCAGCAGCACCCGCUCAUCGUCUUCCUUCUGCUGAUCAUGAUGGGAACCUGCCUCGCUCUGCUGGCCGUGUUCUUCGCUUCAGGACUGAACACAGAGGACCACCUCACCUUCCUGAUCGCUGUGCCCACCGUCCUCUUCCUCUUCCUGUCCAUCUUCGUCCUCGUCUGCAUCGAGUCCAUCUUCAAGCGCAUGCUCCGCCUCUUCUCGCUCCUCAUCUGGGCCUGCCUGGUCACCCUGGGCUACCUGUUCAUGUUCUCCGGAGGAAGGCUGAGCCCCUGGGAUCAGGUGUCCUUCUUCCUUUUCAUUGUGUUUGUUGUCUACACAAUGCUGCCCUUCUCCAUGAGAGGAGCCAUUAUCGCCAGCGGCAUCACAUGCUUUUCACACACCGUCACCCUCAGCGUCUGUCUGACCUCUGAAGCCGCGGAGCUGGAACCUUUAGUCUGGCAGAUCAUGGCCAACGUGAUUAUCUUCACCUGUGGGAACCUGGCUGGGGCGUACCACAAGCAUCUGAUGGACCUGGCCCUCAAGCAAACCUACCAAGACACCUGCAACUGCAUCAAGUCUCCAAUCAAGCUGGAGUUUGAGAAGCACCAGCAGGAGCGACUGCUGCUGUCCCUGCUGCCCGCUCACAUUGCCAGAGUCAUGAAGGCCGAGAUCAUCCAGAGGCUGCAGGGACCCAACUUCGGCCGCACCGAGAGCACCAACAACUUCCACAACCUGUACGUGCAGCGGCACACCAAUGUCAGCAUCCUCUAUGCGGACAUAGUGGGCUUCACCAGGCUGGCCAGUGACUGCUCUCCCGGUGAACUCGUGCACAUGCUGAAUGAACUUUUUGGCAAAUUUGACCAGAUAGCGAAGGAGAACGAGUGCAUGAGGAUCAAGAUCCUGGGGGACUGUUAUUACUGCGUGUCCGGCCUGCCGGAGUCGCUGCCGAACCACGCCAGGAACUGCGUGAAGAUGGGCCUGGAUAUGUGUGAGGCCAUCAAGAAGGUUCGCGACGCCACCGGGGUCGACAUAAACAUGCGCGUUGGCGUUCACUCUGGGAACGUCCUCUGCGGCGUGAUCGGCCUUCGGAAGUGGCAGUACGACGUGUGGUCACAUGACGUCACUCUGGCCAAUCACAUGGAGGCUGGGGGCGUGCCGGGGAGGGUCCACAUCUCGUCGGUGACGCUGGAGCAUCUGAAAGGCUCGUACAAGGUGGAGCCGGGAGACGGGCAGAGCAGAGACUCCUACCUGAAGGAGCACGGCGUCGUCACCUACCUGGUCAUCAACCCCAAGACUGAACGACACAGCCCGCUGUUGGGCGUGCGCUCCCGUCCCUCCCUGGACGGCGGGAAGAUGCGGGCCUCUGUCCGGAUGACCCGCUACCUGGAGUCCUGGGGAGCCGCCAAACCCUUCGCCAACCUCCACCACAGAGACAGCAUGACCACCGACAACGGCAAAAUCAACACGACGGAUGUCCCAAUGGGGCAGUACCACUUCCAGAGGCGAGAAAGGUCCAAAUCCCAGAGGAGGAGGUUUGAGGAAGAACUCAAUGAACGAAUGAUUCGCACCAUCGACGGCAUCAACUCACAAAAACAGUGGCUGAAGUCCGAGGACAUCCAGAGGAUCUCAUUGUUCUUCCAUAACAAAGCUCUGGAGAAGGAGUACAGAUCCACCACCCUGCCCGCCUUCAAGUACUACGUCACCUGCGCCUGCCUUAUAUUCUGCUGUAUAUUCGUGGUCCAGGUCCUCGUCCUGCCCAAGACCGCUGUGCUGGGGAUCUCGUUUGGCCUCGCUUUCCUGUUACUGGCUUUGAUCCUCCUCCUUUGCUUCGCCGGUCACAUUCUGCAGGGGGGGAAGGGCUCGCUCUGCUCCCUCACGUGGUUUCCCACCUCCUCCCGGAUCAUCGUCACCAACAACCCCUGGCUGCGAUUGGUCCUCACCAUGACGACCACCGCCCUCAUCCUGGUGAUGGCUGUCUUCAACAUGUUCUUUGUGGAGGAUCCUGGAAGGUCCAUGGAGGGCAUCCUGGCCACCGUCCAACCUGUCAACCUGUCCAACGGCAGCAUGUUGGACUACUUGGAUGAAAACUCGGGCGAAAACAGGUUUUAUCUGCCGUACUUCAUUUACUGCUGCAUCCUGGGCCUGGUGUCCUGCUCCGUGUUCCUGCGCAUCAACUACGAGCUGAAGAUGGUGGUGAUGCUGGUGGCGGUGGUGAUCUACAACGUCAUCAUCCUCCAGACGCACGCCACCAUGCUGGACGGCUUCAGCAAGGCGCUGUACCCCACAGACACACUGGACAGACCCGGAGUCCUGAAGGAUCUGAAGACCAUGGGAUCCGUGUCUCUCUUCAUCUUCUUCAUCACCCUGCUGGUUUUAGCCAGACAGAAUGAAUAUUACUGUAGGUUGGACUUCUUGUGGAGGGACAAGUUCAAGAGGGAGUGCGAGGAGAUCGAGACCAUGGAGAACCUCAACCGGGUGCUGCUGGAGAACGUCCUGCCCGCCCACGUCGCCGAGCACUUCCUGGGACGCAACUGGAAGAACGAGGACCUUUAUCACCAGUCCUACGAGUCCGUGUGUGUGAUGUUCGCCUCCAUCCCAGACUUCAAAGAGUUUUACACCGAGUCCGACGUCAAUAAGGAGGGACUGGAGUGCCUCCGUCUCCUCAACGAGAUCAUAGCGGACUUUGAUGAGCUGCUGUCCAAGCCCAAGUUCAGCGGCGUGGAGAAGAUCAAAACCAUCGGGAGCACGUACAUGGCCGCCACCGGGCUCAACGUCACUCCCGGACCGGAGACGCAGGAACACGACAGACAGUACAUGCACAUCGGCACCAUGGUGGAGUUUGCGUUUGCUCUCGUGGGGAAGCUGGACGUCAUUAACAAGCACUCCUUCAACGACUUCAGGCUCAGAAUCGGGAUAAACCACGGGCCGGUGAUUGCAGGCGUAAUUGGAGCCCAGAAGCCUCAGUAUGAUAUCUGGGGGAAUAGCGUGAAUGUGGCCAGUAGGAUGGAGACCACUGGAGUUCUGGGCAAAAUCCAGGUCACAGAGGAGACGAGCGAAAUCUUAUCAGCGCUCGGGUACAUGUGUUCGUGCCGCGGCAUCAUCAACGUGAAGGGCAAAGGAGAGCUGAAGACCUACUUUGUUCACACGGAAAUGACUCGGUCGCUGUCGCAGGGGACCGUGAUGCCCUGAAACAGACAGACUCCGGAACGCAGCAGCACAUACAGAGCGGCCAUAGGAGUCAUUUGUCAUGCUUUGUAAGUAAAAACCCAUUACCAGAGGCAAGCGGCGGCAACAACGGGGCCGGCGGCCGGCUGCGGGAGAAGCACUCCUGUCCCUAGCAACACGGCGUUGAUCGGGCCAGAGGUGCGCCGCUGCAGUCCUUCAACGCUGCACUUCGGAUGCUUUCUUUCGCGGCUGGAGCGCAACGAGGACUCUCGUCCGAGGAGUCUCGUCGCCGUCUAAAGGAGCGCCUGACCUUCCGGAGGGUUUCGCUACAUUAGUGCAGCUCUCGAGGACUGCAGUCACCCGCCCGCCUGUGCCAUCGUAGUGGUGUGGAGCUCAUUACCCAUGCCGGUGUUGCAGUGCUUCACAGCCUUAUACUUGAGUGUGUGUGCAUGUGUGUAUGUAUGUAUGCGAGCGCGUGUGUUUUUAUCAUCCUGGUUGGCAAAAAAAAAAACAAAAAAAUGAGCGAAUUUGUUUCAUUUUUCUGCAAAUGGAUGUUACAAUAGUUGAUUGUCUUAUAGAGCUGUUCCUGGCGGCGUGAUGGGUAGUUUGCCAAAAUCCUGUGAUUCGUAUUUAUAGCUUUAGCGCUGUGUUCGUGUCCCACUCCGGCAGGUGGAAUCACACACGAGAACUGAGAAGGAUUUUUUUUUUUUUUUUUUUUUUUUUUUAAUAUAUUCCCUCUGGAACCAAUCCAACAGCAUGCGUGUUGCCGUUCACUGCCAUCCUUUUGUUAUUCAUUAAACAUUUGUAUAUAAAUU